AUGAACCCGACAGAGUUUAACCAGUCUGAUCGCUGCGAGUAUUUCUCCUGUCCAGAGAGAUCUGUAUCUCCUGCAGUUUAUAUCUUACUGUAUGUGUGUUCAGCUGCUGUGAUUCUUCUAACAGUUUGUGGAAAUCUGCUCGUCAUCAUCUCUGUUUUUCACUUCAAGCAGCUUCACACACCAACAAACACACUUGUGCUCUCUCUGGCUGUGUCAGAUUUCCUCAUUGGUGCUUUCGUGAUGCUACCAACAUUUAUUUGGACAAUUGAGUUGUGCUGGAUUUUUGAUAGGGAAUACUGCAUCUCUUUGAUGAUCACUUCUUUUUUUCUCGUGAAUCAGUCCAUCUAUAAUGUUGCUUUGAUUGCUGUAGAUCGGUAUUUGGCUCUGUCAAACCCAUUUUUCUACACAAACACAAUCUCUCGGAGAACUAUGUGCAUUGUGGUUUAUUCUAACUGGUGUUUGUGUGUGUUGUAUUUCAUGGCACUUUUUUAUUUUAAUGGAAACUUUAUAAGUUUUGUAAUGUGUCCUGGAGAGUGUGUUUUCUUUCUGAAUGAGGUUUGGUCUAUAAUUGAUCUUGUACAUUCAUUUAUAUUUCCACUUUCUGUCAUAAUCAUAUUGUAUACUCUGGUUUUUGUGAUUGCUAAGAAACAUGCCACUGCUAUCAGAGAGCUUAAUAAUCACACACGGAAUAAAACACAGAAAAUCAACUCGCAUCCGAUGAAAUCUGAGAGAAAAGCAGCAAAAGUCCUCGGCAUUUUAGUGUCUGUGUUUCUGGUGUGUUUACUCCCAUAUUUUAUUUAUAGUUUGCUAGGUGGUGUUAUUGAGCUAAAGUUAGAGACAAUUCACAAAGUUCUAAUCAUGCUUUGUCUUAACUCCACUAUUAAUCCAGUUAUUUAUGCCCUGUUUUAUCCCUGGUUUAGGAGGUGCAUUAAAUUGGUUAUAACUCUGCAAAUAUUUAAAAGAGAUUCUGCAUUAAUCAAUGUUCUUUCAUAA